GUCGCCCGAAGAAAGUAGUCGAAAAGUUGAUAUUAUUCUCGAUGUUGUUUAUUAUAAGUGAAUUGAGAUGAUGAAAAACGAAAAUUGAUGUGGCUAAACAAGUGCUAGUGUCUUUUUUAAUAUUCUAUAAUUCAAGUGAUACUAACGUGUCAAGCAAAAAAAAUAUAUAAAGAAUUUAAUUGGUCAAUUAAGAAAGUUGAGAAAGGGGAGUGUGAGGUGGAAAAAUUUACAUUAGUAAAGAGAAAAAGUCAAUUCUAUUUUAUUAUAAGUGUUUAUUUUAAACUUUUAUGAGUUUAUAUUAAAUUAAUGCAAAAUAUUAAAGUAAAUAGAGUGAAAUAAAAUGGGCACAAAAGAGCAAUUUUCGGUAAAUGAGUGCGACGCCUCGGCCGCCCACAAAAACGCCAACUACGUCACCUCAGCUAAUAGUACUACGAAUACGGCUGAAACUACAACAACAGCAACAACAACCACAAAUACAACUACAACAGCAAUAACGACGUCAAAUUCAGUCAUGCAACGAACACAUCAUCAACUUCCAAAAGCAUCACCACCUCCACAAAUAAUUAUUGUACCCGCUACUCAAGCUUCAACAUUGGCUACAAAUGCCGCCAAGAAAAUACGACGUGCAUUUUCCAUGCCAAGAAAUCCUUUUCGCUGGUCGCGUAAAUUCAAAACAGCUGGAGGAAGUGGAGGCAGUGAAAGUAGCGCUGCUGGUAGUAAUUCCGCCUUAACGUCUUGUGUUGGAGGUGGUCGUGGACGAGCCGGAAGUAUUGUUUCUCUAAACAGCUAUGAAGCCACCGUUUGCAAGGAUGCUAAUGGCACUCUCACAACUGAGCAAAAUAACAAAAAUAUAUCAACAUCGGCACCAACAACAACUACAACUACAACAACAACUUCGACAAGUGAUGCUAAUCUAAACAACAACAACAACCAAACCAAUCGGAAUAAACACGCUGGAAAGCAUACAACCGGAAACGGUACUGGAUCCAACAGAGUUCUGAGACGCUCUUCAUUUCGAAAAUUUCUCAAUCGCAUAGCACAGCACGUCAGCACAUCAGUGAAUGUUGGGGCAAACAAGCAAAAUGCGUCCUCACAAACUAAUACAGUUCCAACAGCAGAUCGAGUACCACCUAUAAGUGGUUAUCAAUGGCCAGCAGAUCAAACUCCUGGCGUUAUGGGUCUCAAGAAUCAUGGCAACACCUGUUUUAUGAAUGCAGUAUUGCAAUGUCUUAGUCAUACUGACAUUUUAGCUGAAUACUUUGUAUUGGACCAAUACAAGGCUGAUUUAAAACGGCGUAACAAAAUCAAUUCACGUAAGUUUGGCACGAAAGGUGAAUUAACUGAACAGCUAGCAAAUGUCCUGAAAGCACUAUGGACAUGCAAGAAUGAAAGCGAUCACAGCACCAGUUUUAAGGCGGUUGUAGAUCGAUAUGGUUCCCAGUUUCGUAGCUCUACGCAGCAUGACGCACAAGAGUUUCUAUUUUGGUUACUGGAUAAAGUGCAUGAAGAUUUGAACACAGCAACUAAAAGACGCUACAAAAGCAUGAAGUUAAAUAAAGGAAAGCAAAUAUCAAGAAAUCAAAUAAUUCGCAAAAAAUAUGAAUUCAAGAUAAAAAUUCUACGGCAAGGUAAUUAA